CUCACGCCGGCCCAGCCAAUCGGCGCUCAGAGUCCUCCUCGGGGCCUGAACUACACAUCCCGGCAGGCCGCGGGGCCGCGCGUGCGCACUUCCGGCGGAGCGAUGGCGGCGCGGCCGGCUCCGCACUCGGGCUGAGGGACGGCAGCGGGGCAGCGGGGGCUGGAGCCGGGAUGGCGGCCUAGCGGCCCGGCCGGGGAGCGUGAGCGCAUGGCGUCGCCCGCCGCCGCCGCCGCCGCCAUGGACGUGGCCGAGCCGGGCAGCCCCGGCGAGGAGGAGGAGGAGGAGGAGGACGACGAGGACGAGGACGAGGAGCGGGAGCAGCAGGGCCAGCCGGCGGCCGAGCCGCGGCCCCGCACGCGCUCCAACCCCGAGGGCGCCGAGGACCGGGCGCCCGGCGCGCAGGCCGGCGUGGGCAGCCGCAGCGAGGGCGAGGGCGAGGCGGCGGGCGCCGGGGCCGCGGGCGGACAGGCCUGGACACUGCCCCCGCCGGCCGCCGAGCUGCAGGUGCGCACGCCGCGGGUCAACUGCCCGGAGCGCGUGGUCAUCUGCCUGGACCUGUCUGAGGAGAUGGCGCUCCCCAACCUGGAAUCGUUCAACGGCUCCAAAACCAACGCGCUGAACGUGUCGCAGAAGAUGAUUGAGAUGUUUGUGCGCACCAAACACAAGAUCGACAAGAGGCACGAGUUCGCGCUGGUGGUGGUCAACGAUGACACGGCCUGGCUGUCCGGCCUGACCUCCGACCCCCGGGAGCUGUGCAGCUGCCUGUACGACCUGGAGACGGCGUCCUGUUCCAGCUUCAAUCUCGAGGGGCUCUUCAACCUCAUCCAGCAGAAGACGGAGCUGCCGGUCACGGAGAACGUGCAGACCAUCCCGCCCCCGUACGUGGUCCGCACCAUCCUGGUGUACAGUCGCCCGCCCCGCCAGCCUCAGCUCUCCCUUACAGAGCCCAUGAAGAAGAUGCUGCAGUGCCCGUAUUUCUUCUUGGACGUCGUCUACAUCCACAGUGGCGCCGCUGCCGACGAGAAGGAAGAGGAGGCGGCCAGCUGGAAGGACAUGUUCGCCUUCCUGGGCAGCCUGGACUCCAAGGGCACCAGCUACAAGUAUGAGGUGGCGCUGGCCGGGCCUGCCCUGGAGCUGCAUAACUGCAUGGCCAAGCUGCUGGCACACCCUCUGCAGCGGCCCUGCCAGAGCCACGCCUCCUACAGCCUGCUGGAGGAGGAGGAGGCCACGGAGGGCGAGGCCACUGUGUGAGCGGGACUGCGGGGGACCCCUGGGCAGCCACAGCCAGAUGGCACCCAGCCUCCCAGUCUGCACCCUCACCUCCCAGGGGGCACCUGGCACUGUGCCCACUGGGUCACUUGCCAUUUCUGUUCCUUUCCCUGUCUGACUUAUUUUGAUAGCAGAAUAAAAGCCUUUGAGCAUC